GACAUCUACGUCGACAUGGAGUAUACGGACCUACCUCGCCUGAUCAAGGUGCUCUCAGCGCCGUACCAUCUGCCACAUUCGCUCCGGGUGCGAAACCUCUUUCUCGCUCCGUUGAUCGAGCGAGACAUCCAUCCGAUCGACCCAGAGACAUGCUGGAAAGCCUGGACAGAUCACCAUGGGGAACGGAGCCUGAUCCGGCUCUAUGGCGACUUGCCUCCCGAAGGCCAGGAGGACGAUCCUGAGGCCCUUUUCGGGAUUCUGGUGAUGUCGAACGGACUACGAAUGGUGGACGACACCCCUUGCGUCGACCUAUACGUGUCACACGAGCCCUUGGUCAAGUCGAGCUCGCUGGAAGGACACGUACCGCCUCCGACGGGAGAGAGCGCAGCACUAUUUACCCGGAUGUUCGAAGAAGGUAUCCUACCGACUCUCUCACUAUGGCGGAAGACGAAAGCUAUAUAUUUCGGCAUCGAUCGCUGCUGGGUACCUCUAUCUGGCAAAAAGAUCAUCUACGACGGCAGUUGUACCAGGAUGGUGAAGAGGCUUGAUGUGACCGCUGCCAAUCAAGAAAUCCAGGCUCCUGCGGGAUACCGCGUAAGGAGAGCUACGGCAGAAGAUUGUGAUACCAUCGUUGCCUUGAGCUCUCACCCUCGACCUCUGGCCUAUUACGUAUCAAGAAUCCAUUUCUCAGUUACUGUAAUAGACGAGGCUACCGACGAGUUGGCCGCUUGGGCCCUGACUCACGAUGACCUAUCCAUCGGGUCGUUGCACACCGUCGAAGGUCAUCGCAAAAAAGGACUGGCUCAGCUCGUCGUAGCCGAGCUAUCUAGACAAUUUGCCUCACAAUUCCCACGUCAUCCUCUGCAUUCCGGUUCCGUCUACAUCCAUGCGGACUGUGAAGCGUACAACGUGACGGCAGUCAAGAUGUUUACCAGAGCGGGUUUCGACGAGCAGGUUUUUGUCUCCUGGAUCGGUAUCGAAGUCGGCGACGAAGCAUAGAAUCCAAACACGGCAGACGAAUGGCAUAUGCUUGUACAACAAUAUAGAAAUCACGAAUGACAAGGGUUCAGGAACCU